GCGCUCGCCCCGCGAACCCGGAGCGCUCGGUGGGUGCGAGUGCGCGGCCGGGCCCUGCCCUGCCCGCCCGGCCCCGGGGCAUCCCGGAGCCGCGAGCCCGGGCGGGCAGAGCGUUCCCCUCGCGUUUCCCGCGCGAUUCCCUCCGCCCGGCCUCCUCGGGGAGCUGCCGGCGCGUUCCCGGCGCUCCACACUUGAUGAAAUCCUGCCGCCCUGUUGCUUGGCCUUCUUUUUGUUUUCAGGGAAAGCUGAGAGCUUACCUGUGCUAUUCCGCUGGUAGAACUGCGUGGCUAAACUAGCGAUCACUUGUGCAGAAAUAAAGCUGCUCGUUUACUCGUAUUUCGAAUUGUUGAGUGAAGUAAAUUCCUUUGGUCUGGCUGUAAGGGAGGCUGCUACGGCAUAAAUACCUCAGCUGAACAGAGCUUCCUAAACUGUUGGUAGGGUUUAAAAAAGCAGGUCUUGGAUAGCACAGCUGAUUUUCCUUUUCCCUCAGAUCCUGACAGGAUUCCCUGUUAGUUCAGUGUUUUGUGAAGGCCUCGCAAAAAUCUUUGAAAUCUUGCUCUAGCCCUUAUAGCAGUGUUUUAGAAAAGCAAUGCAAGGAGCGUGUGUCCCGAGGCAGCUUCUUCGCUCCUGCCACGGAAAAGGGAGCCUGCUCCCCUGGGGCAGCGGGUGUGAGGGGCGGCUUGUGCCGCGGCUCGGGAGGUGCCGGGAGCCUGGGAGAGCCUUGGAAAGCCUUGGAGAGCUUUGGAGAGCCUGGGAGAGCCGGCAGCCUCUGCAGCGGGGCCAGCCGCCUGCCCGGCUGCAGCCCCUACCCUCCCAGCUUUCUCCAAGCUGUGGAGCUGCACCGAUUUAUAUCGAUUAAUGACCGUAUGUUUUAUAUGAAUGAAGCCCGUAGCCAGGUUCCCUUCCGUGGACGAGUUCGAAAGCCAAAUAGCUGAGGGCUGGCUUGCUGGGAAGCGUAGGGAAGCUUGCUCAGGAGGAGGGAGCUUGUUUAACGCAGAGUCUCCCAGAGUGUCCCAAGAUGCUUUACCCUGGUGACUCCUAACCUGUUCUGCACCCAGACGCUGUACAGACUUAAUUAACACUAUUUAAGAUUGUUUAAGAUUUAAGUAUACACAAAACCUGAUGUGAACCCACGUAAGCUGGCUGUCUUCUUUAACUGUAUUUUGGAUGGGAUUUUCUUUUACUUCAUUGCCAUCUAUAGAAACUGAUGAAUAUUUUUAGUGCUAAGGCUCCAUAUAUCACAAGAUGUCCUUCUGCCUGACUGAGAUGUUUCUGUGGUCUUUGAAGACCAACUUACGUAUUAGAGAUGAAGACAUUGGGAUCCACCAGUACCGUGACAAGAAACAAUCAGCAUCACAGAUGAAGUACAGUUACUUAGAAGAGAAGCAAAAACUAGCAGAAUCUCGAGAUUAUCCUUGGCUCCUGAAAACGAAGCGAGCGGACAAACUGCGAGAUGCUCUCAAGGAGGUAGAGGACUUAAUGCAGAACAGUCCCUGUGUGCUGAGCAAAUGGAAGAACAAACAUACCUGUCAGCUCCUCUUUCACUCAGGUAUUUUGGUGUCCCUAAGCCUUUCUGGGCCACAGCUGGAGAAGGUGGUGAUUGACAGGACCCUGGUGGGGAAGCUCAUCUCCGACACCAUCAGUGAUGCUGUUCUUACAGACAAUUUCAUCAUCUUGUCAUUUGAGGACCAUAACCAACUCUGCUUUAUUCAGUUUACGAAGACAAUGGAUUCUUCCGAUGUAAACAAGAGACUGGAAAAACUCUCUUCUUUGGACUUUAAGAUUUCUUAUGUUGAUAUACUUGGACCAGAAGGUAGAAGGAUGAAACGUCACCUGGCAAUAAACUGUAUGCAAGAUCUGGUCAUUUGCUGGUGGUCAGCAACCAGUGAUGGAGCAUGGCCUUGGUCUCCUAUUUCCUGUCAGAGGGACAGAGCCAACCUAUUGCUAUUAGGCUGUGCACAUGGCAAAUUGGAGGUGCUGAGUUACGUCCGCACGGAGUGGGAGCCCCUGGAUGCCAGGUUCAGCUCUGUGCAGCCCCAGCAGGUGCUGACUGUGGAGCGCUCGGUGUCGGCAGCCAAGGAGCCCAUGGCCGACAGCUGCGUCUACAAGUGCGUCAGGAGCCGAAUCCAGUGCGCCGCCGUCACCAGGGUCCCCCUGCGAGCCAGGGCCAUCAGCUGCUGCAGGGAUGUGACAGAAGACAAGCUGGUGCUGGGCUGUGAAGACUCCUCAGUAGUUCUGUAUGAAGCCUACAGCCAAGUGACUCUGCUGGCGCAGGCAGAGCUGCUCCCUGCUGUAGUAACCUACCACCCUUCUGGAGCCGUGCUGCUGGUCGGCAGCUCUCAAGGGGAGCUGCAGCUUUUUGACACAGCACUGUCCCCAAUUAAAAUUCAGCUCUUGGCACAGGAAUAUUCACCUGAGGCAACUCUGCAAUUCAGUAAACACUGUGACGUGCCCACCAGCCUCAUCCAGAUCCAGUGGGCUGCUCCUCCAGUGGCAUUUCCCAGUCCUGACAACAUGGAUAUUCACGAUCUUUUGUUGGUUAGAUUUGAUAAAGGACCCUUGGGAGUGCUUCACUUUAAACUUGGUGUACUCACAAGAGGACAACUGGGCCUUGAGGAAAUCAUCCACCAGUACAUUCGUAAUGAUGAGAUACAGGAGGCAAUUAAUGUCCUGAGCACCAUGAACUGGAACACCAUGGGUCAGCGGUGCUUUAUCUGCCUGAGUGCCAUUUGCAACCACCUCCUUAAACAAAAGCUUACACCAGCCGGAGAAGCACAGCUUGAGGCAAGCCUUGGAACUUUUUAUGCUCCAACAAGGCCUCUCUUGGAUAGAACUGUGCUGGAGUACAGGGACCCCAUCAGCAGAUAUGCAAGAAGGUUCUUCCACCACCUGCUCAGGUAUCAGAGGUUUGAAAAAGCAUUUCUGCUUGCUGUUGACAUCGGUGCUCGGGACCUGUUCAUGGACAUCCAUUACCUUGCUCUAGAUAAGGGUGAAUUGGCACUAGCUGAAGUGGCAAAGAGAAAGGCUAAUGACAUUGAUGCAGAAUCAAUAACUACUGGAAUUGAACUUCUGGGGCAGUCAGAUGAAGAAGACCCAUCUUGUGAAGCUUUCCCUGACCAAUCUCCAGAGCAGGGAGGAGGAUGCAACCCGCCUGCUCCCGGCCCUGCCGACAGACCACCAACGCAGAGCUGCUCCCACAGACCCACCAGCCGCAGACAAGCAGAGGACACUGAGCCUGGAGCGGAUGGCCACACCACCUCCCUGAUCAAGAAAAGCUUUUCCAGCAGCCAGGAAGGAAAUAUGAAAGCCAUUCCUUCAGAGCAGGCAUGUGGAAAUUCAGAAGUCUUGCAGCAGCUGGGUACCAGCACAGGAACCAGCACCCAGCAAAUCCAACCAGAUCCUUCUAGCCGGACCGACCUGUGGCUUUAGCUCAACCCAUCCCAAAUCCAUCCCAAACCCACCCUCAGCAGCUCCUCCCCUGGACACCACCACCAGGAGGCUGCACGAUGGACAGCCCGUUCCUGAGGAGCCCCUUUCAGCCGGCUGUGUCCCCGGGCUGGCGUCCCCCUGACGGCGCUUCCCGCGCGUUGCUUCAGCGGCAGCUCGCACAAUACUGGGCUUGGUGCCACCCAAGGGGAGCACACCCAAACCCGGCCCUUCUUGCACAGGCAAUCCUGCAGCAAGAUCCCUGCAGCUGCGAGCUGGAGGAUUUGCUGUGCCCUCCUUUGCCAGUUUGUGGGGGAAAGGCUGGAGCCAGGGGUGGCUAUUCCCAGGACAAAUGGCCACUGGGGCCUCGGCAGGGAUGAAUCUGACACGGGCCUGUCCUCUGUAGGUGCAUCACAGCCCAUGAACUCCUCACUCGCUGCUGCUCUCAGCUAUGAGGAAGCUUCUCCUCCCUGAAACUGUGGAAAUCGUGCAACAAACUGUUCCCAGUGGCCUGCCAGAGCAGCUGGCUGUCACACAGCCAAGCAGCGCUCAAGCUGUUGAACAAGAUUUGUUUUCUGGAGGAGAGCGUUAGCAGUGGCUCAGAGGCAGGACUGUGCUACCAUGGGGGUCACCUGUGUCCCUCCAGCACCAGCACAGGCCACCUGUGUCCUGCCUGCAGGCCAGUGGUGUGGGGGUGAUGGUGGGCUAGGGCUGCUGUGGUCUUCUCAGCUGGCAGUAGGACAAAUGCAGAAUUAGGUGGUUUUGCCAGGCUGGUUUUGGGCUGGCCAGAGGAUCCCAGCACUGAGCACAAAGGUGGGGAUGAAGACAGCUGGUGGAGGAAUGAGGAUAACCUGCAGCUUUCCUUGCCCUGUGCAUGGCCUCUCUGCGUAUGGCUCCUCAGGCAACAGGUCUGAAGCAGAUGAGAAGUGUUCAUCCCAUCUUCAAUAUUUGGAGGGGCCAGGAUUUGGUGCUCAUGGUCCAUCCUAGAGGUGAGAUUAGGGUGACCUGGAGGACCGUGCUGCUUGAGACCCAGCUCAGCCUUGCUGCUCUGAGCAGGGUGGUCCCAGAGGUCCCUCCUGCUCUGUGUUAUUCUGGGAUUUGAUAAUCUUGAGCAACUGUGUAGGUUAGUUCAGAGUUUCCAUGUAGCAGCACCGGGAGUUGGAUCAGUGAAUCCAAGGGUGCAAACACCCUGGUCACCUGCCUUGGCACAAACAAGACCCUUUGGAAAAUGUUGAUCUCAACUGCUCUCUUGUUCCUGGACCAGAGACUGAUCUUCUACCAGGCAAUUUAAGAUGUUGAGCCAAUGGCUCCUUAUGGCUACCAGGUGGUAAUUUUAAUAUAUUAUCACUCAGUGGAUUAUCUAUCACCCAGAAUAGUUUUGUAUUGUGCUAUUCAAGGGAAACAAGGCAUUCCCAGUGUAAAGGAGUGGUACCUAUGGAUCCUAGCAACAGGCAUGUCCUUCCACCUAGUCCUUCCUGCAGCCUGGUACCAGGCAGUCUUCAGCUGAAUAAAACAGGUGCUUAAAAUAAUUUCCCCAGGGCUCCUUCAUUUAUUCUCUUCUCUCCCAUUCUUGUCCUUUCCCACCUUCAUCGUGCCCUUGAGAAUAAUCCCAGGAGAAAAAGCAUGGCCUCCUGGGAGCCAUACAGCAGCACAGGGAAGAGGUUUCUCUGUAUUUCCCACUCCGGGAGAGCAGAAGGAUCCUCUGUUCUGCCUCAGACCUGUGGAGACAGAGCAAACCACUGCCUCCAUCGUGCCACCCCUGCAGGUCCGAGGUGACUGAGUGGGUUUUCAAUUACAGGGUGUGCCUUCCCACACUGCUCCUCCCCUCGCCUGCCGGAGCGGGACCACGUCAUUACCAUGAAAAGCCCCACGAUCUGAACUCUCCAGGGCACAAGUAGAUGCUCUCCUGUCAGGAUAUUCACGUUUUCCUUCUCUGGAGGACCAGCAGCUCAUUACCAUAGGGAGCAGCACUGCAGUGCUGGCUGCCCCUGUUCCUGGACAGCCUCUUCCUGCACAAUGAAAAUCAACUCUCAUCAAAUUAUUACAGCACCUUUCAUUGCCGAGGUGCUACAGCAGAAAAGAUGCAGAUAUCAGAGGAGGAUUCCAGUCAUCACCACUCUUCAGCCUUUGAUCAACAUUAAAUACCUCUGCAAACUUCAUGCCACAUCACAGGCUUCCCACGCGACACCGCCAGGUCUGCUUUAGUGUGACCAGAGAGGUUUGCAAAUAGGAUUUUUUCAAAAGUAUUUUUUUAAAAAGCAAGUAGGUUGGUCUGCAGGGCUGGCUUCUUGUUCACAUCUCCCCAGACAGGGGCACAAAUCACAAACCCAAGUCAGAUACCCACAUGAUGCACUCUGGACCUUGCACCUUGAGCAACAAGGACCUACCCAAACAGCCUUGAACUCUUACAUGGGCAAACAUGCUGUGGGGUCUUUUUCCAGCCUGCAUUCACCUGCCCAUCUACUCUCUUCAUCCCCAGAGCAACCACCCACACAAACAUCUCUGCAUAAGGCCCUGACACAGUUCUUGGGACAAAAGAGCCACCCCUUCCUUACCUUCAGCCACUGAUGCUCUUCAGGGCUUUACCAAAAAAAAAAAAAA